ACAAGCGCCAUUUUGUGCUUUGGUUGUUCUGAAAUUAAACAUGUUGAGAAAUGUGCAAAGACAUUACUUUAGGUUUCAUGCAGUAUAAAUCGAAUAAAAGAUGUUUCUUUGGAAGUAUCUGAAAUGAUGAAAUCAGAUUAAACUGAGAUCAGUAUUGGAGAGAAAACAAAAUGGGUGACUCGGGAGGUGUGGUCACUAUUCCCAUGCAGCCAAUGCCAACACCUGGAUUCCAGGCUUUCCAGAGGCCCAAUGCCCGCACAUUUCAGAGAAGAGGUCCACAACUGGACCCAAAGGGAGGAGCCCAAGAUGGGGAUAAUUCAGCGGGCCCUGUCAUGUUUGACGGAAAACGUAUGCGGAAAGCAGUACAUCGAAAAACAGUGGACUACAAUUCGGCUGUUGUUCAGUAUCUAGAGAACCGAGUUUGGCAGAGAGAUUACAGAGACAUGAGGGCCAUCCAGGCAGAUUCUUUAUAUCAGAUUGAUAUCCCACCACCAAUAGCCAUGAUAAAUAACUCUAUGAAUUGUGUGACAACAAAAUUCAUCAGAGCAUCUACCAAUAAAUUUAGAUGUCCAAUAUUUUGUCUUGCUUGGACACCAGAGGGGAGGCGAUUAGUCACUGGCGCUUCUAGUGGAGAGUUCACGCUCUGGAAUGGCCUCACUUUCAAUUUUGAAACAAUUUUACAGGCUCAUGAUACAUCCUGCCGAGCCAUGCAGUGGAGCCACAAUGAUAACUGGAUGGUGACCGCUGACCAUUUUGGAUACAUCAAGUACUGGCAGUCCAACAUGAACAAUGUGAAAAUGUACCAGGGUCACAAGGAGCCGAUUCGAGGGUUAAGUUUUUGCCCAUCGGAUAGUAAAUUUGCCACAUGUUCUGAUGAUGGAACAGUUCGAAUCUGGGACUUCAUGAAAUGUCACGAAGAAAAAAUUCUCAGAGGUCAUGGAUCUGAUGUUAAAUGUGUAGACUGGCACCCACAAAAAGCUCUUUUAGCGUCGGGAAGCAAAGACAACCAACAGCCAAUUAAAUUAUGGGACCCGCGAGCUGGAACAAGUCUGGCCACCAUACAUGCACACAAAGCAACGGUUAUGGAGCUUAAGUGGAAUAAGAAUGGGAACUGGUUGCUGACAGCUUCAAGAGACCAUCUGCUGAAAGUCUUCGACAUCCGUAACAUGAAGGAGGAAAUUCAGACAUUUAAAGGUCACAAGAAAGAAGCCACAGCUGUAGCCUGGCACCCGAUACAUGAAGGCUUAUUUGUGAGUGGUGGAUCUGAUGGAGCGGUUAUGUUCUGGAAUAUGGGAUUAGACAGAGAGGUGGGUUCAAUGGAGGAAGCACAUGAAGGAAUGGUGUGGAGUUUAGCAUGGCAUCCCAUGGGACAUAUUCUGGCCACUGGUUCAAAUGACCAUUCAACGAAAUUUUGGACACGAAACAGACCAGGGGAUAGAAUGAGAGACCGAUACAACCUAAACACACUACCUGGAGGCUCUGAGCAUGAACUGGCUGAAUUUGAUCCUGAUGCCACAGCUGGACCUCUGAUACCUGGGAUGGGACAGAUUCCCAGUGGACAAAUGUUGGUCAGCAAAGAAGAAGAGAAAGCAGAAGAAGAAGAUCUACCCUCUAUACCUGGGCUGGACUGGUCAGCUGAUGAAAGCUUCUUCAAACAACAGGAGCAACCCAGAAUGCCAAUCAAAAAAAUCCCCUAUGCUAAACCCAUUCCGUGGGACUUUGAGAGGGCGUGGAUGACUAACAAGUUACCAAACGUAGAAAAAGAAGAUCCUAAACGUCGCCGCGACAAAGACUGGGAUAAAGAUAACAAUAACAGGAAAGACAGGCGUAACCGCGGCCGAGACAGAAGAAAUAAUGACGAGGACUGGCAGGAUGAAGAGUACGAUGAUGAACAGAUGAAUCCUGACAGUAACCAUGACAACAUGUUAAAUCCAGGUCAGAGACCCAUGGGAGGAAUGAUGGGAAAUAUGCCUCCUGGAGAUCCAAAUCAAGGCAGAGGGCCGUUCAACCAAGGACCUGGAGAUAUGAAUCAAGGCAGAGGGCCAUUCAACCAAGGACCUGGAGAUCUGAGUCAAGGUAGAGGGCCUUUCAACCAAGGCCCGAUGCAGCCAAGAGAUGGCAUGGGUAAUAGUGGUCCUCCAGGGAAUAUGAACAUGCCUCCUGAUAACAUGGGUCCUGGUGGCAUGAUGCAAGGAAACAUGGGCCCAGGUGUAAGGAACAUGAAUCCUGGGAAUUUUGGCAACAGGAACCCUGGGAACUUUGGUGGGAUGAAUAACAUGCCAUUUCAAAAUCCAGACCAAAGGAAAAUGGGACCCAAUCAGGGUCCUGGUCCUAUGAACAAUCCACCAAGAUUUCAAGGGAAUCAAGGUGGACAGUUUGGCCAAGAUUCUUUCCAAGGCAUGAAUAACAUGCAGGGAAAUUCAUGGCGACAAAACAGAAAUCAGUCAGACAACUUUUCUGGUCAGGACAGCUUCCAAGGUGACAAUGACUACCGUACUGAUGUGGACUUUCGACAGGACAACAAAAAUCAGCAAGGUUUCCGAGGUGGAAGAGGUGGGAGAUUCCAGAACCGAGGGGAUCAGGAUGAACGGUGGAACGAUGGAUCAGGUGGACAGCAGUGGAGAAACGACCUCAACAUGCAGGAAAACUGGGGGUCUGAUGGUGGAAACUUUAAUGAUCAGAACUUUGGGGGAAAUAUGGGGGGUGGAGGUGGCAGGGGUGGGAGAGGGAGAGGAGGUGGGGGAGGAUGGAAUGAAAGACGAGGUGGUGGAUCUAGAGGAAACAGAAAUGACGGGAACUUUAAUCAGUCAGAUCAGUUCAAUCGUAAAAGAAAUUGGAACCAGGGACCAGGUGAUAGUGACUUUAAUAGUGGACCUCGUAACAGUGGGUUUAAAGGAGGCAGUGGGCCUCAAGGAGGCUGGUCAGAAGACCACAACUCAGGGGGGCGAGGGAGGGGGAGGGGCAAUAGGGGAAAUCGGGGGUUCAGAGGAGGAAGAAGAGGAAUGUCAUAGCAUUGUGAUCUCAGUAUUUUCAUUUCAUCAUUACAUCGUUUGAAAGAUUUUUAGUUCCUUGCAUGUUAAAGACAAGUCAGAAUACUUCAUUCGAUUGGAAAUUCAUUUUUUGUAUGUAAAUAAGAUACAUGUUUCAAUGUUUAUGGAGCUCUCUUAAACAUUUUUCUAAGCAUGUUUUGUAUGUAAUUUGAUGCAGACUUAGUACAAACAUUCCUUAAGACUUGGGCAAACAUAAUUUAAGCUGAGUGCCUUGGAAUUCAAGUUUUCUUCGAAUUAAUGUAUAUACAUAUACUGUUAUUUUACAAGAUUUUUUUGCUGCAUCAAUCAGUUAAACUGAAUUCUGUUUUCCUAUGUUAGUCAUUUUGCAAAGAGUCAAAGCAGUGCUAGAGUGGAUGAUCUCUCUGUUUUUAAUUGUAAAAAAUGAAACAAACAUUAAGAGACUCAAAAGUUGAUUAAAAGAAUACAAUACAAUG